CCUCGGGCCGCCGCAGAGAGGGGCGGGGGGGAGGUGUCUGCGCGCACCCGGGCUGCGGAGCGCGCACCCGGCGCAGUUUUUGGCUGCUGUUUCACCUGCAAGAACUAAAGCCUUGUUAAGUUUUUAACGCUACUGAUCUUGGUGAAUUGCCUUAAAAGCGGCGCUGAUCGUGUUCGCUUCCUGCCUGUACUGCUGAAAUAAUGUAGCGGAAAUGAUAGCCGAGCCCAAUACAGCCAGUAACCUUCCUAGCCAAAAUACAAGUCAACUGGCUUCAUGUCCUGGCCACCAUAGUUUAAAAGGAGGCCAUAGCAGCCAGCUACCAGUACUGGACCUGCUGCACAAGUGGGAUCCAGCUCAUCUGCUCAAACGUGACCUUUGGCAAAGCCUAUUGUUAGCACUGGGAAUGAUGAAAAGUGGCAUGAUUUCAUUACAGAUAAAUGUAUGGGCUUCAGAUCUCCCAGAAGAGAGAAUGCUGUCCAUGAUGAAACUGUGCCUGAAUCUACUGUGCAGAAUGGCAGCUGUGUGAGAAAUAGCAACCUGAAAACACCAAGAGAGAAGGGGAAGGUCCGACAGCAGUGUGAGAAUAUAAGGAGAAGUUCUGCCAGUAGCAAAAGAGUGAGCCGGCUGCAGGAUGGCCAAGUGGUUGAGGCGGUUACAUUGUUUGAAGUGGUUAGCAUGGGGAAGCAGGCCAUGCAGUCUGUAGUAGAUGACUGGGUUGAAGCUUAUAAACAAGACAGGAAUGUGGCACUUCUAGAUCUGAUCAACUUCUUCAUUCAGUGUUCGGGCUGUCAAGGCAUGGUAACAGCAGAGAUGUUUGAAAGUUUGCACAAGAAGGAUGUCAUGCUAAAAAUGACAGAGAACUUUGAUGAGGAAACUGGGUUGCAGUACAAGAAAUUCAUGGCCUAUCCCUGGAUCCUGACAGUUACUUGGCCAGUGGACAUGGGCGAUGAAGACUAUCCAUUGAUCAGAACAGGACCCUAUUGGAAGAAGUUCAAGGCCAAUUUCUGUGAAUUUAUUGCAGUGCUUGUCCAACAAUGCCAGUGCAGCAUCCUGUAUGACAGCUACUUGAUGGACACUAUCAUCUCACUGCUUACAGGCUUAGCAGACUCCAUGGUUAGAGCAUUUAGACACACAAGCACUUUGGCAGCAAUGAAACUUCUGACAGCAGUUCUAAGUGUACGUCUGAACCUUGAUGUCAACAAGCACAAUGCUCAAAGAUUAUAUGAGGUGGAGAAGAAGAGGAUAAGUGGCAAGAGGACCAAUUACAGACUUGAUCAGCUAGAGAGAAAAAGGAAAGAGUAUGAGCAUAAGCUUCUAGAGAUACAGAAUAUGAUGAACGCUAUUUUCAAAGGGACCUUUCUAAACCGUUACCGCGAUGUGGUCCCUGAGAUCCGAGCAACUUGCAUUGAAGAAAUUGGCAGCUGGAUUAAAACAUACCCAGAUGCUUUUUUAAAUGAUAGUUACUUAAAAUACAUUGGGUGGAUGCUGUAUGAUAAGCAAGCUGAAGUGCGGUUGAAGUGUCUUCUGGGACUGCAGGGAAUUUAUAGCAGAAAAGAAUUUGUUUCCAGAAUGGAUCUCUUUACUAUCAGGUUCAAGGAUCGAAUUGUGUCCAUGCCUCUGGACAAGGACCAUGAAGUAGCAGUUCAAGCCAUGAAACUCUUGAUGCUUAUGUCACAGAACUGUGAGGAUGUGUUAUCAGAUGAAGACUGUGAAACGUUAUACCAGUUUGUUUAUACCACACACCGUCCGCUUGCAGUAGCAGCUGGGGAAUUCCUUUAUAAAAGGUUGCUUAGUCAUGAGGGAGAUGAAGAAGUUCAGCCCAAAGGAGGAGGGAAGUUUGGGGCGAGUACUGACCAGUUGAAAAGAUUAAUACGUUUUUUCCUGGACAGUAAGCUACACAAACAUGUUGCAUACCUCAUAGACAGCUUGUGGGACUGGGCAGGCAACUUCCUGAAGGACUGGGAGUGCAUGACCACCCUUCUAUUAAAAAAUGCUGAAGAAGGUGGAGAAGAACUGAGUGAUGCCCAUGAAAGUGCCCUCAUUGAAAUUAUCCUCGCAACGGUUAGAGAAGCAGCUGAAGGUCAUCCUCCAGUGGGCAGAGGUGCAGCCAAAAAAAUUAUUUCAGUAAAAGAGAAGAAAAUACAAUUGGAAGAUUGUACCAAAAUUACUGAACACUUUAUUAUGGUGCUUCCUCAGCUCUUGGCAAAGUAUUCAACAGAUGCACAAAAAGCGGCGAAUCUUCUGCAGAUUCCCCAGUAUUAUGAUUUAGAUGUUUACAGUACAGGACAUCUAGAGAAGCAUUUGGAUGCUUUGCUGAAAGAGGUCAAAGACAUUGUGGACAAACACUCUGACAUAUCUGUCCUUGAGGCUUCCUCCAGGACUUAUUAUGUCCUCUGCAGUAAGGAGAUUGCCAUCUAUAGCCAGGUGGAUCAUGCCCGAACUCAACUGAUAGAUGAGUUGAUGGGACAGCUUAACCAGCUACUAGAUGGCUUCUGGCAAAAGGAAGAAGGAUUUUGUACGGAUGCAGGAGAAAUUUCCCGGAUGCACUCUGUUUUGAGAAGAGUAGCAGCUUUUCAUAAUGCACAUGAUCUCACCAAGUGGAAUCUGUGUGACAAGACUUUAAGGUUGCUGGUGUUUGAAAUGGAACAUGGGAGUUUGCCUGUUCUGAUUAUCCUGCCAGCUCUCCAGUGCACAUAUUUUUCUCUCCUGUGGCAACUAGCUGCAGUUUCGGAAAAUUCUCCCAAGGAGACUCUUUUUGCACUAGGAAGGGAGCUGAGACAUUUCAGUCAGAUUUGCAUGCACUUCCUCCACCAUAAGGAUAAAGAUGUAAAAGAAAAGGCCUUCAUGAUACUCUGUGACUGGUUGCUGAUUUCGAGUCAUCAGGAUUCAAAUAAUAACGAAGAAGCAGUUGGACUUCUAGAUUAUCUUCCUAGCACAUCGCUUCAGGAAAAACUGCUUUUGUUUAUUCAGGAACAUGUUUUCAUGGAGGAAGAAGACGAAAGCGAAGACCUGACAGAAGAGGAGAGAAAGGAUGAAAGUUGCAAACUUGACAACUUGCACAAAAAGCGGAGUCUUCUUGCAGCGUAUUGCAAGUUAAUAGCGUACAAUGUGGUAGAGAUGACCGCAGCUGCUGAGAUCUACAAGUAUUAUGUGAAGACCUACAAUGAUUUUGGAGACAUAAUUAAAGAAACUUUAAGCAAGAUGAGACACAAUAACAAAAUUCAGAGUGCCAAGACACUGAUUCUCUGUCUGCAGCAGCUGUUUCAGGCACAUGCAGAAAGCCACGACAGCAGUGGCAGCGUGGACUUCUCCUCUGCUUCCUUCACAAACAUGAAAGAACUUGCUCGUCGCUUUUCACUAACGUUUGGCUGGGACCAAGUGAAAUCUAGAGAAUCUGUAGCCAUGAUACACAAGGAAGGGAUUGAAUUUGCUUUUCAAGGAGCUAAUGGAGUAGAUGGAAAAUGCUUGCCUCCUAACUUGAGCUUUCUGUUAAUCAUCAGUGAAUUUUCCAACAAGCUGCUAAAGCCAGACAAAAGACUAGUGUAUGCUUACUUACAGAGGUAUGUAGCAGAACCACUGCCUUGCAGAGGAGACGAAUGGCAGCCGUUGAUUUGGUACAGAAACUCGUUAUUGGCAAAUGAAGAUGACGAGAGCUCUGUGCUUGGCAGUUCAGGAGAGUGGUCCCCUGUGGGCACAUCUAAGACAUCUUCUUUUAAAAGGAAAUUGUCUAAUGGGUCUUUGCCUGAAACCGGCCAGACUGAAGCCACAAGGAAAGCUCCAGAACCGCAGUGUGCUUCCCAGCUUGCCUGUGCGGCAGGCAAGAGUAGGAAGAGGCUGAAAUCUCAAGAGAUGCACUUGCAGGAACACUUGACAUUCCUUUGUCCAGGAGGACUGCGUGGAAGAUGCUGCAAAGAUAAGAUUAAGACAGAAGAGGUCUCAGAGGAGGUUCAAGCAGAGGACACAGCUGAAGAUGUCGAUGUUGAUGUGGUUGGUGCAGACCAGGUAAUUCUGGCUCGUUUUUGCAGCUCUGAGGACAGCUGUAGUUGAGGACAGUUAAGACACUGAGAGGAUAAAUGGGAGUGGAGAACACGCUACCAUUUCUUUCUGCAAAUUGUUUAACUGAAAAUGGGGUUGUGAUGGCAUCGACCAAGGCAGCAGCAUGUCAACAAGCAACAUGUCAAGCCAAACCCCUGCCUGUAGGCUCCCCUCAGAAGUUGGUGCUGGCACUGUGGUUGGUUUCUUCAUGUGGCUAUUGUGCCUAUAAGGUUGCAGGUGUUAUGAACAUCAUUCACUGCUCAAGCUGCAUCUCGGUCCUUGAUGCUGCCCUGGAGAAACUCCCAACCUAAGGAUUAGAAGCAGGGUAUUGAGUCAAGGGCUGUGUAAACUAGGUGAGGCAAACUCGCUCAAACCAGCGCAGGGGCAGCGUUCUGACAAUGGAUUCUUUGCCAUUUGAGAUAACCAGGAUGGACAUCUACUUGUUUCCUUCUACCCGAUGCUGGGAAGAAAGGAGCCUGCCCGCUGUGAGCACCAUGACCUGCUGGGUGACAGCAGGUGAGCUGUCUGUGCCAUUUCCUGCUUGUGCAAUGGAAAACCUGGAUCAAAUCACCUGAAAGUAUUUCUAAAUUCCAGUGGUGGUGGUGGUGGUGGUCUGUGGAGACUGGGACAUGUUCCCAGUCAUUUGGGAGAGAUUUGCAUCAAGGCUUCUAAGGAAUUAAGAAAGAAACAGCAGGCCAGUUGACCAAGUAUUUUCCUCUGGAAGAAAUCCUUCAUACAGAGUGACCACAUGGUAUUUACUUGGAAAAUAUAAAGCCUGAAAAGACAAUGUAAAUAGUCUGUAAAUACGGUCCUUUGAAAGGAGUUUUUCCAGUGGGAAUUUGCCAAUGAUCUUCACUCAAGUGUGUUUCAGAGGCAGUAGGCUGGGGAGUGCUGGCUGCUUUCACUGCCCCUUUGUCACCACUUCAUGGAAUUGUACAUUGCAUUAAUCCCAUCGGCUUUAUGUCUUGUCUUUUUUUUUUUAUAUAUAUAUAUAUUUGGAUUGUAACUGUGUAAAAUAAAUGACAGAACUAUUGCAAGCCA